CUCCGGGUAUGACGUCGACGCUGUUUGUCCGGCCGUCCGUCCCAAGAAUGAUGCAGGUGACCUACGCAUUGACUGCGUUCGAGGGGCAGGGGAAUCGUGUAUAUAAACAGUCGGAUCGGUGAGUUUCAAAGGACAAUUCUAUCAUCCAUCAUCAGAAAGACUCAAAUCAAAAAAACAACACUCACAAGACUCUACCAUCAAAACAACUUUCAAGUCGCAAGACAUCACACAUCUUUUAUCAAAAUGGAUACCAUCAAGAACGCCGCCAACUACGUCAGCGAGACGAUCCAGGGCGCCUCCGCGACGGCCUCGAAGGAAGCCAACAAGAACGUGGCCAAGGACAGCGACGCGAACCUUUCUACUCGCGCCCAGGCCGCUGGUGAUGCCAUCUCCGACAAGUUCGACGAGCAGGCUCACGACCGCAAGGCCGAUGUCCACAAGGAGGCUGCCAAACACUAGACGUUGGAACAUGCAUCGACUACAUCAUCUCAACAACACGCGUUAAAUAGUGGAGGUUGGAGACAGAUGGAGAAACAACUGCAUAUGAUACCCCUUGCAUGAUCUGUACGAUGUUGAAGCUGGAAAGUCAUGGCUUCGAGGAAUGGAGUCUGCCAGUAGUUCGAUAGUCGUGAAUGGAAUAAUCUGACAAAUCAG